CGGCGCAGGGAGCACGCGUGCGCGGAGGGAGCGCGCGCACUCGUCCGGCCAGUCGCGUCCGGAGCUCUGGCCCCUACUCCGCGAAGCCCUCUUGGCACCGCGCUGAGCCAGUCUUCCCGAGUCCCCCGGCCCCGGGUUGGGAUGUCUUCGGUCGGGCUGGGAGUGUAGGGAGGCUCCCGUUUGUUCGCCUGCUCGUCCCGGCGCUCAGCCUGGGGGCCUAAUGAGUGUGGAACCCACAUGAUAAGGCAAAGCGCGCUGCCUGAGGAUAACAGUGACAGGGGCGGCCGCUGGGCUCCCUGUGCGCUGUCCCACACCUCCCCAGCCUGGGCCUUCUGCGCACUCCUGAUUCCAUUCUCGCCCCUGAGAUAUGCUGGGGUGACCGUCUGAAUUUCCCAGAUAAUGGAAAGGAAGCCGGAAAGGUGUCACCAACCACUGAACUGUUCUGCUUGCCCUCGUGGGCGGGGCACCGGGAGUCUCCUGGGAACGACAGAGGCCUUGGCAACACAAGCCACGGUGUUGCAGUAACAGGCCGGUAGUCGAGGCGACACUGGGCUUGGGGCAGCCUGCAGUCCCUUCUGUGUAUGGAGCAUGUGGCAGCCCCAGGGCCCCCUCCUCGGGCCACUGAGAAUGUGAGUCCUCCCAGGACGCUGCUGCUUUUGGGGGUGUCCCCUGUUCCCUCACAGGCCAGGAGGGGUGUAUGUACUCAGGAACCGAGCCUGAUCCUGGCCACGGGAGAGCCUGCCCCAGCUCUGCCAGGCUGGGUGUGCGAGGGUGGAGGCCACAGCCCGGGCCUGAGACGAACCUUGGGGUUGAGUGGUGGUGCCUCCCUAGGUUCUGCCACGGGCCGAGGCCUGGCUGCCAGGAGUCCCUGGGGGUGCCCCAGCCUGGGCCACCAACCUUGGGACAGAGCUUCCCUCAGACCUAGAGGUCUGCAAGGAGCUGGUCGACCUGCAGAUCAAAAACCAGCGCCUGCAGGAGCAGCACGAUGCUGAAAUCUUUGAGCUGAAGACUGAGGUGGGCACUGAUGUGUGCCCAGGUGUGGCAUCCCGAGGGCAUGUGGGGGGGGGUACAGGUCCUGUGGCUGAAGAGCCGCAUGCUGGAGCUGGAACUGCAGGGAGCGCAGGCGGCCCCCGCAGAGGCUGAUCCAAGGCACCACCCGGCCCUGGCACAGGAGCUUGGGCACAAGGCCGGGGGGCAGGGACACUCCUACCGUCGCAGACUCCAGGUCACCGGGAGUGCACAGCAGGAGGCACAGUCCACAGACUUCCUGACCCCCGAGAAUAAGCAACAGGAGCUGGGGGAUGGCACAGGUGUGCAGCCACCCAGCCCGAAGCUGCCGGCAGAGGCAAAGCGGGUGCAGGAGCAGCACGGGGCUCAGCAGAAGGCCCUGGAGACGUGUGUGGCAGCCCUGGGCCGGCAGCUGCAGGGAGCCUGGGAGGAGGCCAGGACAGCUGGGCAGCGACUGGCUGCACAAACCGUGGUGUUGUCUUCCUGCCGGGGCCAGCUCCACCAGGCUGAGGCAGAGAACGCCCGGCUGCAGCUGCAACUCAAGAAGCUGAACGAGGCGUAUGCCAUCCGACUGCAGCACUGCGCCCAAACCGUGGCCGGAUACGCAGAUGGCGCAGGCCCGAAGCCCACAGCCGCAGCCCUUCGGACAUUCCUGGAGACCACUCUGGAGGACAUUAGGGCAGCUCAUCACAGCCGUGAGCAGCAGCUAGCCCGGGCUGCCCGCUUCUACCGCAAGUGCCUGGCAGAUCUGAGCCGGAGGCAUGAGGAGCUGCUGACCGCCCACAGAGCCCCGGGGACCCCCAGGGCUGCCUUUGGUGCGGCCCCCUCAGAUGUGGCGCUGCUGCCCCUGAGCACAGUCACUGAAUCCACCCACCAGACAGAGGACCAGGCCAGGAUGGAGAAGCAGCUCCAGAAGCUCAAGGCCCAGAAGGGAUCCAGUGAAGUCUCCCAGGGGGGCACAUUAGAGCCACAGGGCCUGGAAGCUGCGUCCUGGGCCCAGAUCCACCAGAAUCUACAGGAGUUCGCCCGUGGCACCCAGGCAGAGCUGGAGCGGGAGCGGGCACAGCUGCUGGUCCGCGCCACGAUGGCAGAGGAGCAGCUUUCUGAGCUACAGGAGUAUGUGGACCAGCACCUGGGAAGGUACAAGCAGGAGAUCCUGAGGCUGAGAAAGCUGGUGGGUACAGGGGACCCCUGGAAAGUGGGGGCCAUACCUUCAGACAAGCCCCAGCACCCAAGGACCUGCAGCCACUAACUGGUCAACAGGCAAACCUGGAGCAGAACUCUUCAUAGUCAGCCAGCAUGGUGCUCUCCCCACAGCACCCCCUAGAAGAUGACUUCACCCAGCCCUCCAGCCAACAAGCAGCAGGGUGGGGUCUUCCCUUGUGGUCCAGUGGCCAAGUCUCCACACUCCCAAUGCAGGGCACCCUGGUUCAAUGCCUGAUCAAGGAACUAGAUCCCACAUGCCACAACUAGGAGUUCUCAAAACAUCCCACU